GGGGCUGUGUCCAGGGCCAGGCGCUGCCUGGGGUCCCUGUUCUGUGGACAUGCCACUGGGUAAAGACCACCUCCCUCCCAUGUGCCGUGGCCCUGGCUGACCCAGAUGGGCGGGCCGGGGGGUGUGCAGGUGAGGAUGCCUCCUUUCCCGGGCUCUCCCUGCGGACUUUGCCCUGAACCACCUGCUUGAGUUUUGUGUUUAUCACUUCCUGCUCCAGGCACAGGAGGCAGUGCCUCCUCAGUGGGAACCGAGCCCUACUCAGUCCCGACCCUGAUCUUCUCUCCCGCCAUCCUCCCUCCCUCCCUAGGCCUGGUCAGCCUUGGGGGCGGCAGAGCUUCUGGGGUCCAGCUCCAGGGCCUCCUCCUUCAAGAAGCCUCCAGGUCCUGACCUGCCCUCUGUGAAGCCUCGCGAUGCCAGCGUCCUGAAUCCCCCACCCUCAGGGCUUUGUCCCCUCCUGGACACUGACGGCAGGGGCCUCGCUGCCACCUGAGGCAGCACCUGCAAAGGCUUCGGCAGCUCAGGAGGAAAACCAAGGCUGACUGCAGCCCCAGGACCAUGAACAACAGUACCUGUGGCUCCAGGGAGCUCCCCGGGCCCCAGGCGGCCAAGUACCUCUUCCUCACCUACAUGGGCGGGCUCCUGGUGCUGGGUCUGUUGCUCAACGGCCUGGCGCUCUGGGUGCUGUGCUGCCGCCUGCUGCGCUGGACGGAGACCCGCGUCUACAUGGCCAACCUGGCCGUGUCUGACCUGUGCCUGCUGUGCGCCCUGCCCUUCUUUCUGCACUUCCUGAACAGCACCACAGACACACCACUCUGCCAGCUCUCCCAGGGCAUCUACCUGGCCAACAGGUACAUGAGCAUCAGCCUGGUCACGGCCAUCGCCGUGGACCGCUACGUGGCCGUGCGGCACCCGCUGCGAGCCCGCGGGCUCCGCUCCCCGCGCCAGGCCGUGGCCGUGUGUUCCGUGCUCUGGGUGCUGGUGCUCGGCUCCCUGGUGCUUCGCUGGUUCCUGGACAUGCAGGACGGCGGCUUCUGCUUCUCCAGCCGCUCCAGGCAGAAUUCCUACACCGUGGUCUUCUCGCUGCUGGGCUUCUACCUGCCGCUGGCCGUGCUGGUCUUCUGCUCUCUGCAGGUGGUGACCGCCCUGGCCCAGAGGCCAGCCGCCGACGCGGGCCAGGACGAAGCCACCCGGAAGGCCUCCCGCAUGGUCUUGGCGAACCUGGCCGUGUUCGUGGUCUGCCACCUGCCCUUCCACGUGGUGCUGACGCUGCGCGUGGCCAUGGGCCUGCACACCUGUGCCAUCCGUCUUGCCCUCCAGAUCACCAGCAGACUCUCAGAUGCCAACUGCUGCCUGGACGCCAUCUGCUACUACUUCAUGGCCAAGGAGUUCCAGGAAGCCUCUGCGCUGACCGCCCUCCCCGCCAGGGCCAAGGCCCACAAGAGCCAGGACUCUCUGUGUGUGACCUUGGCCUAGGAGACGGGCCACGGGCUCCUGGGAGGCGCUGCCGAGGCGGGGACCUGUGAGCAGAGACGAGGAGUUCCGGGACGGGGCUGGGGGCACUUUCAGGAGGCCCAGGUGGGCAGAACAACCCAGGCACAGAACCUGGGGAGGAGACACCCCUACCCCUGGGGCCGAAGAGGAACAGGGAGGAGGGCAGGAGGACGAGGCCUGAGCGAGGCCAACCCCAGGGACCCUGGGUGGGGCUGCACAUCUGUUGCACCCGGAGCCUGGUACAUCUGGGGCGCUGGAGGGUGGGGCCUUCUGGGUGCUGGGAAGCUCUGAUGGCCAGCUUUCUGCUGCUGCCCCACAGGGGCCGGAAUAAA